AUGUUCUUAGGUGAAGGACCAGUUUUCUCAACCGGCCAUGAUUGAAAGGAACUGACUUGCGAGCAAGGCGAGAAGCACCACCUAGAAGUUUUUGAGACCUGCUCUGGGGUCAUGACUUUGCUUCCCAAGCUACCUGUCCCUGUCAUCGCUAAGGUGAAUGGCCUGGCUACUGCAGCUGGCUGUCAACUGGUAGCAAGCUGUGAUAUUGCCGUGGCCAGUGAGACGUCCCGGUAUGCCACCACGGGAGUAAACGUUGGGCUGUUCUGCUCGACGCCCACAGUGGCAGUGGGGAGAUCUCUCCCUAGAAAGGUUGCACUGGAGAUCCUGUUUACAGGAGAGCCUAUGACAGCCCAGGAUGCGCUUCUGCAUGGGCUCAUCAGCAGGGUGGUACCAGAGGACAAGUUGGAAGAUGAGACCCUGAGAAUCUCCCGCAAGAUAUGUGUGUGCAGCCACUCCGUUGUGUCUCUGGGGAAAGCCACUUUUUACAAACAGAUUGAGCAGGAUGUUGGCACCGCCUACAGAAUAGCCUUCCAGGUCAUGGUGGACAACCUUGCCCUCAAGAAUGGUCAGGAAGGGAUCGAGGCCUUCAUCUCUAAACACAAGCCUGUCUGGUCUCAUACCUGA